AUGUUUUGUUUUCCUAUCUGUUUUUUAGUACACUCACCACACCUGACAUAUUGGGUGUAUUCAAAAUCUCAGCGCGCUGCCAGUGCCUCUCAGCAACUCUGUUCAAAAUCUCAGCCAACUUCCGGUUGCUGCCAGCAAACUGCAAACAUCUUUUUUAGUGCUCCAUACGUCAGCAAACAAGAUGGCAGCAACCAUGAAGUUAGUAAGGGCUUUGUUAACGUCAAUGGUUUUGAAUUCAAUUUACUCUUUGAUGAAUUCACAUUGAAUAAAUUAAGAUCAGAUUUUCUGUUUAUUACAGAUAAUGGCCCAUGUCGAUUUGGAGUUUGCUCUCAAAUAUGCUCAGUUAAAAAGGCUGAAAACUUUUCUUGUAAUUGUGUUGAAGGUUUUGCAUUAAAACAAAAUGGCAGUUGUCAAGUAGAAGGGGGAACACCAUAUUUAUUUGUUGCAAGUGAAAGUGAAUUGCGUCGUCUGAAUCCUUAUAAAGUAACAGAUUUGGAAGAUAUACUUCAAGACAAUUCUCAAACAAAUCGCAUUAACUUUAUUGAUGUAUAUUUUGAAAAUUCAAAUCCAAUUAUAUUUUGGACAAACUUCCAUUUGAAAGGAGUAUAUUAUUACGCUGUUUCUAAAAAUAAGGAUACAUCUCAACUAAAUCAUCAUGUAAAACGAGAUGCUGCCUCUUCAGUCAAAGAAAUAAUUACAGGAUUAAAAGAACCAAGAGGAAUUGCUGUUAAUUGGAUAGGAAAACACAUUUAUUGGGUAGAUGCCGGGACAGAUACGAUAUCAAUAGCAACUUUAGAUGGCAAACUUAAACGUACUUUAAUUACAACAGAUUUAGAUCAACCUCAUGACAUUGUUGUUGAUCCAAAUAUUGGAUACAUUUAUUGGUCAGAUUGGGGAUCUGCAAAAAUUGAAAGAGCUAAACUUGAUGGUAGUGAACGUUCUGUGUUAGUCAAUGAAGAUGUGCAAUGGCCAACUGGAUUAGCUAUUGAUUUUGCUGCAAAAAGACUGUAUUGGACAGAUCCAAAGGCGCACACUGUUGAAACUGUAAAUAUGGAUGGAAAACAAAGACACAUUGUUAGAUCCUUUGUAUCUGAUGAAGAAAGACCAUUUAAUAUUGAUGUAUUUGAAGAUUUCUUGUAUAUUACAACAUUUCCCAGUAAUGCUAUUAUAAAGUUACACAAAUUUGGACAUGGAAAUAUUACUUACUUAGUAAAAGGAUUAAAUAAAGCCAGUGAUAUCAUUAUUAUUCAUGAAAAUAAACAAAUAAGGAAUUAUAUUAAUCCAUGUAAAGAAAAUUUUUGUGGAAAUGGUGCAUUAUGCAUAGCUAAUACAUCAGAAAAUGCUGUUUGUUUAUGUCCAGAUGGAAUGGUUGAAACAAGAACAAGCGAUAAUAAAACAGCUUGUACCGUUGUUGCUCCAACUCCUUCAACUGGUGUAGCAAAUUGCUUAAUAACAUGUCUAAAUGGUGGAACCUGUAUUCUCGGUCAAGAUGAAAAAUCUUUCUGUAGAUGCACACCUGAAUAUGAAGGAACAACUUGUCAGAUAUUUCGUUGUUCAAAUUAUUGCAAAAACAAUGGUUUUUGUUAUACCGAUCUACUUCAAAACACAUCUCCUGGUAAAAAACCCCCACUGAAAUGCAACUGUCCAGCAGAAUGGACUGGAGAAAGAUGUGAAACACCAUUCCAAAAUUGUAAUCAGGAAGACUGCAUGAAUGGAGGAACAUGCAAGUAUGUUUAUGGAAGUCACUAUUGUGUCUGUCCACCAGGUUUUACUGGUCCAAGAUGCGAUCAAUGUCCACCAUUAAAAUGUGAAAACAGAGGAUAUUGUAUUAAAAAUGAGGAGGGACAAAAUAGUUGUGAGUGCCAACCAGGUUAUUCAGGUAGUUAUUGUGAAUUAUCCAAUUGUGAUAAGUAUUGCGUACGUGGCAAUUGUACAUUAAAUGUUGAUGUACCUUCUUGUAACUGUCCUCUUGGAUUCACAGGAGAAAAAUGUGAAAUAAAUAGAUGUUUAAAUCAUUGCUUAAAUGGAGGUACUUGUCAACCUAAAAAUGAUGAUAAGUUAUUGUGUCAGUGUCCACCAGGAUUUAGAGGACGAAGGUGUGAACAAAAGUUAUGUAAUUGUCAGAAUGAAGGAAAAUGUACUCCACUGAAAACAGAAAGCGGUACAAUUUACAGAUGUCAUUGCACGAGAGAUUUUACUGGAACUUAUUGUGAAACACUUGUGGCUACAUCUUGUCACAGUCAUUUCUGCAAAAAUGGUGGUACCUGUGUUUUACAUGAAGGAAAUCCUAUUUGCAAUUGUAAAAAUGGUUGGGUGGGACAAUUAUGUGAAAUUCAAGUUUCAAAAUGGAAUUCUUGCACUGGCUAUUGUUUUAAUGGUGGUAGAUGUAAUUUAACGCAAGGUCCUGAUUCUUUGCCUCGAUGCACGUGUUCUGUCAUGUUUUAUAUAGUAUGGCUUGGAAUAAUUAAUAAUUUAUAUUUUUCUAGAUGUGAAAACAGAGGAUAUUGUAUUAAAAAUGAGGAGGGACAAAAUAGUUGUGAGUGCCAACCAGGUUAUUCAGGUAGUUAUUGUGAAUUAUCCAAUUGUGAUAAGUAUUGCGUACGUGGCAAUUGUACAUUAAAUGUUGAUGUACCUUCUUGUAACUGUCCUCUUGGAUUCACAGGAGAAAAAUGUGAAAUAAAUAGAUGUUUAAAUCAUUGCUUAAAUGGAGGUACUUGUCAACCUAAAAAUGAUGAUAAGUUAUUGUGUCAGUGUCCACCAGGAUUUAGAGGACGAAGGUGUGAACAAAAGUUAUGUAAUUGUCAGAAUGAAGGAAAAUGUACUCCACUGAAAACAGAAAGCGGUACAAUUUACAGAUGUCAUUGCACGAGAGAUUUUACUGGAACUUAUUGUGAAACACUUGUGGCUACAUCUUGUCACAGUCAUUUCUGCAAAAAUGGUGGUACCUGUGUUUUACAUGAAGGAAAUCCUAUUUGCAAUUGUAAAAAUGGUUGGGUGGGACAAUUAUGUGAAAUUCAAGUUUCAAAAUGGAAUUCUUGCACUGGCUAUUGUUUUAAUGGUGGUAGAUGUAAUUUAACGCAAGGUCCUGAUUCUUUGCCUCGAUGCACAUGUAAUAAAGGAUGGAAAGGAAAAAGAUGCCAAAUUAACUCAUUAUGCAAUAACUUCUGCUUUAAUCUUGCAACUUGCAUACCUGCAUUAAAUGAAGAUGAAUUACCCACUUGCGUGUGUCCGAAAGGCUUUGUAGGAAUAAGAUGCGAAACAAAUGUUGCUCUCGCUCCUUCCGCCAUAGAUUAUCAAACAGAUGAACAUCCAGGCUUGAUUGCUGCUCUCGUCAUUCCUAUUGUGAUAGUAUUAAUUUUGAUUAUUCUGAUGACAGUUGGUAUCAUUAUACAUCGUAAACGAAAAUGCAGCCGACCAUUUAUGCAUGUCAGAAUGCAAGAUAGUGCUAAUUUAGAAAUUAGCAAUCCCAUGUACAUGAGAGAAGAAUACGACGAAGCUACCGAAGCAUUGAACUCUUCAUUUUCUCUUGACCCUGACAAGGCAACCAAUUUUGCUAAUCCAGUUUACGAUACUUUAUACUCCGGAGGAACCGGUCCAGGCGAAGAAAAGAAAGGGUUGUUACACAGCGACAAUCUCCACGUCGAAUAUUACGACGGUCAAGCAAACGAAACCGAACCUGGUAGAAAUCAUCCUUUAGCAUGAUACUGCUAAAUAAUAGGAUCAAAUUACUGGUUACGAUUCUAAAUCCGAAUAGAAACUCGUCGUCGACAGCUAAAAACUAGUUGAGUAACUUCUGGCAGCUGCUGAAGAAUUACUUUCAAAAUAUCUAAAUUGUGUAAUAUGUAUAUUUAAUUACCAUAGAAUUAUAUUUUAUUCAUUCUUAUACUAUCAAUUCGACACCAAAAACAGGUGUUUCUGGUAUAUGUAAAUAACUAUAAUCAUAAUUUAGAGAUUUCCUGCUUAAAAAAAUUUUUUUUUUUUUUUAAAUAAGAACCCAAAAUCAAUUAGGGCAGCUAUCUACAACAAUUUCCAAAUAAUAAUUUAUAGUGUCUUCCGUCAAUGUCCAAAAAACUAAGAAAGUAAAUAAACGACAACAUAGUUUCUUAAAAAAAAAUGUUCCACAUAUAUUUAUUGGAAAAGUAAAGAUGAGACUGCUCAAGGUCAUUAAGAACUAGGAAUUAUGCAUAGAAGUAUAUUGUUCCUUGAAAGAUGGUACGCACAAAAAAUAUUCCAGUACAUUGAAAUUGGAUAUCCAUUUAGAACAAAACAGGUAAGAGAUGAAAAAGGAAUGAGCAGUUUUAAUUUGUUACUAAGUCACUACUUUUAGUGGCUAAAGUGCAACAAAGACUAUCUCUAUUUUAACCCAUAUUUUGUAGUUUAUAAAAUAAAUGUAUAUCAAUAGCUUUAUUAAUUAUAAAUUAAAAAAAAAAACUUCAUCAAUAAGGUGCCAAAUGCCAGACGUCCACUUGCCAUCUUAAUUAUUGUGAUUAAGCUUUUUGUUUUUUUUUUUAUGGCCAAUAUAUUAUAAUAAAUGUUUUAUCAGUGUACAGAGAAAGAUGCUUAAUAUGUAUUAAUGUACUUUUUUGUUGCAUUUGUCUGUCGUUGUAAAUUGUGAUGUGUAUUUCUUACUGUGAUCAAAUAUUGCUCUUGUGAUGUAAGUAUAUUUGAAAAUACACUGUGUAGAACGUCAGAUUACAAAACAAAUUUGUAGAACUUAAAAGAGUCGUCGGACAUAACCAAUACUCACGAUCAAAGCGUACGGUUGUGCCGUAAAGAAGCGGGUAAGUGAACCUGGGAAAAAAAUUUAAUUACAGGUAACUACCUACAUAACUUGCAUAGCUCAUAUGUUGUGAAAUUAUGUUUAUAAUAGUAUUCAAUAAAGUUACUGUUCUGAUGAAA